GUUUUAUUAAGAAUAAUUCCGAAAUAAGACGUGGAGCACAUAGGAUUGUAAGCGCACACUUCAAUUGUCAAAAAUUCAAAAUAGAAUUUUAAACGAAUUAAAAAAUCAAAAAUUUAGAAGAAAGUGCUUUUUUGUGUUCUAAAAAGUGAGGUUACCCAACCCGCACGUGGCCCCCACAAUGAAAAAACAAAAAUUGUUAAAGACAUUCAACUUCGAUGAAUUGAAUUCGUUGGUGGUUGAUGAGAAUUCAUGUGUUGAGUUACUUAAUCUUCAGGAGCACAUAGCCCUACAUCCUUACCAUUUGAGUGAUUUAAACAAUUCCGUUAAGGAGAUUUUGAAUUCAAAAAUAGGCAAAUUUUGCAUUAGAUUAGAUGGGAUUCUUUGUGGCUACAAAAAUAUAAAACUUCUAUCAAAAGUGGGACAAAUUUGUGAAGAUUCUUGUUAUAUUCACGUCGAUAUUGAAGCCGGGUUUUUCAUUUUUAAACCAGUCGUUGGGAAAAUACUGGAGGGUUUUGUCCACAAAAAGACAAAGGAUCAUGUGGGUUGUUUGGUACAUAAAAUUUUCAAUGUGUCUCUACCAAAGCCAAAAAAACAGGAAUGGAUUGGCGAAAAUCUCAACCUUGGUAGCAGGAUACAACUGGAAAUUACGUCCACCAAUUUCGAGGGAAAACUACCGUUCAUUAAGGGGAAAAUUAUAAAUGUCCUGGAUGAGGGGGUGAAUAACAAGAUCACUUUUGAUGUAAAUAUUGACACAGUAAAUGAAUUAGCAACAGAAACUAACAAAAAACCGAAAAAAAAUAUUUUUGAUGUUGAAGAACUUGAGACAACUUCAAAGAGUAAGAAAAAAACGAAACGUAAGGCAGAAGUCGACGAUACUGAAGCACCAGUGAAAAAGAGAAGAAAGAAGAAACCUGUAGAAGAGGAAUUUUCGUAAUUAAAAAAAAACUGAGUCAAGUAAAUUUAUUAAAAUUAAACUCUCAAUCAGGCUUGAAGAGCUGGCCGUUCUUGCUUAGCCUCCAGUUCAGCGUUAGUUCGGGCGUACCCUGUGCCCCCCUGCAAAUAAAUCGCUUUAUUUUUGCAA